AUGAAUAACACGACCAGCUCGGCACUGGUGGGACCUGACAGUCGGGAGGAGUUACCGGCACAUCGAGCUUUAACCGGCUGCGUCCUGGCACUGCUUAUCAUCUGGACGCUGUUGGGCAACUUCACGGUAUGUGCCGCCGUUUAUCGCUACCGGCAUUUGCGCGCAAAAGUGACCAACAUCUUCAUCGUGUCCCUGGCUCUGUCGGACCUGCUGGUCGCGGUGCUGGUUAUGCCGUGGAAGGCUGCGGCUGAAGUGGCCGGUUUCUGGCCGUUCGGGGGCUUCUGUAAGACCUGGCUGGCCUGCGACAUCAUGUGCUCCACAGCCUCCAUCCUCAACCUGUGCGUCAUCAGCGUGGACAGAUACUGGGCCAUCUCCAGCCCCUUCCGCUACGAGAGGAGCAUGAACAAGAAAGUGGCCUCCGUCAUGAUCGGCGUGACCUGGACGGUGUCCGUGGUCAUCUCCUUCGUCCCCGUGCAGCUCAACUGGCACAGGGCAGAGAUCAGUGACACGGCCGGUAUGGAGGAUGUGGCGCGUCGAGGUUGGAGCAUGGAGGGGAGCUGUGACUCCAGCCUGAGCCGCACAUACGCCAUCUCCUCUUCCCUCAUCAGCUUCUACAUCCCUGUCGCCAUCAUGAUCCUCACAUACACGCGUAUCUACCAGAUCGCGCAGGUGCAGAUCCGGAUGAUCUCCUCCCUGGAGCGCGCGGCGGAACACGCGCAAAGUUGCCGUUCGGAUGAACCUGAACCAUUUCCUCACCUGUACGCGGAAAUCAAUGCCCAUUCAUACCAGGCUCGUGUCAGUGUGCAGGCUCAGACUCAGAGUCACCGGGAGCUCAAAGUCUCCAUCAGGAAAGAGACUAAAGUCCUGAAAACUCUGAGCGUCAUCAUGGGAGUGUUUGUCUGCUGCUGGCUGCCUUUCUUCAUCCUCAACUGCGCCCUGCCCUUCUGUCCCGGACAAGGGGCCCCGGGGAGCCAGCGUGGCCCUUACUGCGUCAACGAAAAAACAUUUGAUGUGUUUGUGUGGAUCGGCUGGAGCAACUCGUCCCUCAACCCGGUCAUCUACGCGUUUAACGCAGACUUCAGAGACGCCUUCCUGCGCCUGCUGCGCUGCCGCGGAGGAGGAGGCUGCUGGGCCGCGGUGCGCGCAGCGGUGGACAGUGACAGGGCCGCGAACCUGAAGCAGGAGGGACCCCUGAACGCGAGGCUGGGGGUCUCCUGCUCCACGAACACCCGGGGGAGCGAGGACAGCGGCAACACCACAGUGACCGUGUGUUAUUACAGAGGGACAAACCCCGAGCAGGUGACAGACACUGAAGAAAGUAACGACAAAGACAGACUGACGCAGAUACCCACACAAGGGACACAGUAG